CCAUGAUAGGUACAUGGGGGAGAAGCAUAGAAGGGUGUUGGUCAAACGCAGAAAACAGGGUCUCCUGUUUGAGUGUCAUGGUUGGUUCAGCAUUUGUUGGGCCGAAUGGCCUUGCUCUGUGACUCUCAGUCAAGUUUAUUGUCAUGUGCACAAGGACCAUGAGGUAUACGUGGUGAAAACUUGUAGCAGCAUGGGUUCAGACAACACACAGAAUAUACAUAACAUAUAAAUGAUACAAGGCAGUGAAAAGAGAGAGCGAGAGAGUGUGAGUAAAGACGGGCACAAACACGAUCCCAGAGCAAACACACACACACACGAAUUCUGGAGACGAAUCGACUCAGUCACCGUCCCCUCCAAAGCAAGCGCGGACGAAAUCGCACUGCACACUGCCACACUGCAGUGGAGGGUAGCAAGUUCGGCUCUGGGUGCUGAAAGCUGCCGCAUUUCGGAUUAAACUGGCUGAGCAAUAAUUUGUGUGGAACUCUGUUUUCUUUAUAAACAACCCCAUCGGAAUUCUAAUACAAACAUCGUAUUUCUGGUCAAAAUGGGGAAGGUGCGUGGUAUAAAUAUUUUGCUCAGGCAGAGGAGGUUUUGUGUAAAUGUAUUCCUUGCAGUCGCGGUUGACCGAGUCUCUAUUAGGAUCCAUCGCUUAGGGAACAUAUCCCAUAAAAUUCAAACUAAGUCAGAAAGAUAUUUGAAGAACUCAGAAUUAUCGUAAUAUUAAAAAGCAACACCGUCACGCAGUAAGCCGAAUGCUUAAAAGCAAGGGGGUGUGCGGAAAGAAAUUGCGCUGUCAUUAACAUUCCUCGCUGGUCCUCAUACGGUUUCCCGAGGUUUCUGGAGACCCAGUUGACGUGGAAAGGCGUAGUUUUGCAGCGUUACUUCCAGCCUGCCAGCUGAUUGCUGUAAAUUGUGUGCGAGUUUCGUCUCCGAGGCUCGAGCUGGAGUAGCCGGCGGUCUUCCAUUGAAAGUUUGUUGGGAACGUAACACGCGUCAGAGUCAUGGCACCUUUGCGUUUUAGGCAGAGCCGGAGUCGGACAGUGAAGAGGGAGCGUAAUGAGACAGGGAGAGUGAGUUAAAGAGUGUACAAGGUGCAGAGAGAUAGAGAGAAUUUAGACGACGUUGGUUUGAAUGAGUGUUUAAGAGGGAGUGUGUGUAUAAGCCAGUGCGAGAAUAAGGCUGAAGGGUUCUCACUGGUUUGUGGAGUAACCUUUGCUUCCAAAGUGUGAGGUCAAGUCAUGGUGUUUUUUUCCCAGUGGAAUCGGCACUGAGAGGACUCUCCAUGCACUCCCGAAACUGCGUUGCUACUGACCCGGUUUAGAUGCACCCACGCCGGUGAUGGAAAGGUACGAGACUUUGGUGUACGACACAGCCCUAAGCACCCUGGUGGCGGUGUUGAUUUACGUGCUGCUUAAGGUGAGCGUGGACGGAUACCGGCAGUGGAGAGCCCGGGCCAGGGUGCUGGUGGUGGGCUCGGGUCCGGUGGGACUGACGGCGGCUCUGAUCGCUGCCCGCUCCGGCAAGGUGGAGCGCCUGGUGCUGCUGGAGGAGCGCUGUCGCACCGCCCUCCUCUCCCGGCCGCAGCAGAUCGCCCUAGACUCCCGCAGCGUCCGCUUCCUCCUGGGACUCGGUGUGGACUUUGACAACAUGGAAGGGUGCUGGCACAACGAGCACUUCUUCACCAAAGUCGGAGUCUUCCAGGAGUACCUGCUGAGUCUACUCGAGAAAAGGAAGCAGGAGAUGGACAUUCAGAUUCUCCUUGGUACUAAGUUCACAGAAGAAUACUUGAAGAAGAUUCCAGUGAGCGAAUUUCCUCGCGUGAUUGUAGUUUGCGAUGGCUCCUGUGGCGAGUCAAGUUCUGUACUCGGAAUCAGUUCGGACUAUAUUGUGGAAUCGUGCAAUGCCUAUGGUGCUAACGCAGCCUUGGAAAGAGCGGACCAGCGUCAGAUAAUGAAGAAUAUAUUUCAUCAAUCCUUCAAUGCGUACAAAACAGACAUUGAGCCCAGGGUGAAUGACCUGACAAUUCAUCUUCUACAGUGCAGCCGAAGAUUAUUUGAAAUCAUGCUGUCACAUAGGAGGGUCACGGCAGCUUACAUUGAAGGAGAUAAUGUUGUUGUCACCAUAGAAGGUGAAGCAGCUAGAGUCUUAAACUUUGAUACAGGUUGUGGAGUUAACCUUGGGCUGAAUGGCUUGGAGUCCUUGGAGGAAUUUAUUUACAAGGUAGCAACGGCAGCUGACCAAAAUGACGUUUUUGAAGCACUCUCUGGGAAAAUCCGACACUCUAAGCAGCUAGCGGAUGACUUCCGCCGGAAUGGCUUGACUGUGACCAUGUUUCAUUGAGACUGUUAGGGACGGUGUUUCUGAGGUUUGGAGAUGCGUUGGUCAUUCAGUUUGUGAACUCCGUCGCACGGGGCCCAUGAGUGUCAGAUAAAUAUCUUUCCUCUGGUCCUUGGAGUUAAGUGGUGGUUUGACAGGGGUGUAUGGGUGAAAUUCAGAGGCUUAACCUUAGGGAAACAUGACAAAGCCAAGAAAAUAGCUGUGGGAAGCCUGAAGAACUAUUCAUGCCCUCACUGUUACAUUAGGCUAUCGGUCACAGUAGUUUAAAUAUGCUGAAUAUGAAAUUUCUCACUGUUUACAUUAUAAUUCCACUUGCCAAUAAAAUAAAUAUCUCAACACAUGAGGAUCAGUGCUUGGUCCAAUGCAAACAUAACUCUGCAGAUCAACAAUUGAAAGUCUCUCAUGAUGCUCAUUAACUAGAUCAAUCAACAAUGUUACAUUAGCCACCACAAGUCCUUGUGUCCAUCUUGUAGGUUGGUCAGAAGAGUUCUUGAAGUAUCAGUUACUUAUUUCGAAGUUCUGUUGUGUAUCUAAAAAACAAAUUUAUUGAAUAACUAGAAGACUUGAUAAAUGAACAUAUGGUUUUACGAUGCAAACACUUGAUUGCAGGGUUUUGCUACUGGGGUACAUUAAAAGCUCAGUAGACUCUGGGCAAAGCCCAUGAUCACCACAUGAAUAAUGGAAUUGCUUGCACUUAUAAGGUAAUGUUUUUCUAGCAUAGAGAUGCUGUGUAAUACAACAAUUCUGUGUGGUACCAUGAACAUCUAUAAUAUAUCAAAAGUUUCUUGGGGAAAACUGAGCUGAGCAAAUGUGAAAUUUGAUCCAUUCUUGAAUGACCAUGAUUUUGGCAAGCAUGCUACUUUUUAGCAUUUCUCCAGCAUUUUGUGUGCGUUGCUCAAGAUCUCCAGCAGCUGCAGAAUCACUUGUGUUCAUGAGCAUACUUUCCAUCGGCUCCUGGAUCGCAGGUAGAACUCAAGAAGAAAAUCUUUUAUUUGAAGGGUCACCUCAUGAACACUAAUAUCAUAUCACAUGACACAUCCCAGUUCUUAACGCUGCAGAGACUUGACACUUCCUUAGGACAUUGAAGGGCAAUCGUCCCACCAAACCUAUGUUGGCUGUCAGCAAAUCUAUCAAUCCCAUUCCCUCACGUAUUGCCCAGUUGUCUAAUUUUAUGUGGUUAUCAACUCCUGCCAGCCAUCUAUUCUAGAGACAGUUUAUGGUAUCCAAUGAAAAAAUCUAUGAGCAGAUCUUUGGCAUGUGCAAACAGCAUCCAGAGAAACCCAGUAGUAAUAGGAAGAAUGUGUAAACUCCACAAGUACAGUAGCAGAGGUCUCAGUUGAUCAGGGUGGUUGGAACCGUGGGGCAGCAGUUCCACGUUCUAUUCCCCUAGAGAUAAGCACAGGCUCUGAGAGGGUAAUAUAGUGCUUGGAUAGAUGGUGGCCCAUGCAUUUGUGCGGAAAAGGUGAGUUUGAAAGAAAUCAGAAUUAAAAGGGCAGAUGAUACGUAGAGGGGUCUUGUUUAAAGGAAAGAGCAAAGUCAUACUGGAGUUUAAACUGGAUACACAUUUAAUAUUUGAUGCAUGAGAGGACAUUUUAGAGCUCAAGUAAUCACAGCAGUGUAAGACUUGUAUUUGAUACCAUUCAGAAGGCCUUGAUAGUCAUUUACCUAGCCUGUUGAUCAUGAAGAAUGAAUAUCACCCCAGGAUAACCUGACCCUGGUGUUAAGUGCUUUACUGAGUAUCUGAAGAGGGUUAAAGGAGUGACAGCGUGAGUGUACAACCCUGGUGGAGAAUGGGGUGGUGGUGGGGGGUCGAUUCAAGAUUCAAGGUUGCUUAAUGUCAUUUUUAAUAUGCAAGUGUAAAGGAGAAUGAAAUAAUUGUUACUGCAGAUCCAAUGCAGCACAAAAAAACCCCAGAAUAAGUAAAAGAACACAAUAAUAAAAAAAAUAAAUACAUAAAUUAGCUUACAAACAAGGAUAGACUGUUAUGUCCAGUAAGUGAUGAUAAAGCACAGGAGUGUACAUAAGGUGACUGGCAGGGAAUGAUAAAAUAGCGGUUGUUGGGUACAUGGAUAGGUAUGUUUGUGGGAAGAGAUGGUGAUCAGCCUUAGUGGUUGGGGCAAAUAACUGCUUUUGAGUCUGGUGACGCAAAAAGUAGAGAACACAAUAAUGAUAAACUUAACAAAUAUAAAUACUUAAGAUAUCUUUUAGACAUAGAUUGACUGUAUGUCCAUAGAAUGAUGUUAGUACACUAAGUGACUAAUGGGAAAUAAUAAUGUAGUGGUGGAGUUAGUGGGUGGAGGUGUUGAUCAGCCUUGCUACUUGGGGAAAGGACCUGUUUUUGAGUCUAGUGGUCCUGGCAUCGAUGCUGCAUAGCCUUCACCCUGAUGGAAGUGGAACAAGCAGUCCAUGAGCUCAGUGUGUGAGAUCCUUCAUGAUGUUACUGGCCCUUUUCUGGCACCUUCUGUAUAUAUGUCCUUGAUGCUGGGUAGACUGGUGCCACUGAUGCAUUGGGCAGUUUUGGCUAUCUGUUGCAGAGCCUUCCUGUCCGACGCAGAGCAGUUUCCGUACCAUGUAGUAACGCAGCUUGUUAGGAUGCUCUCUACUGCACAUCUAUAAAAUGAUGUAAAUAUGGAUGUGAGAAGUGCAGUUCUCUUCAGCUCCCUCAGAAAGUAGAGGUGUCGGUAAGCUUUCUUGAUUGUGAAGGAUGAAUUCUGGGACCAGGAUAGGAACUGUGGGAUGUGCACUCCCAGGAGUUUGAAACUUCUAUGCUGCUGAUGUAAAGAGGAGGUGAGUGGUGCGACUUCUCCUGAAAUCAAUAACCAUCUAUUUUGUUUUGUUGACAAUAAGGAAGAAAUUGCCUGGUAACAGGCCUUGAACUCUUUCACCUCCUCUCUGUAGGCUGUCUCAUUGUUGUUGGUGAUGAGCCCCACCAGUGUCAUGUCUUUGGCGAACUUGGUGUAUUUGACCAUACUAUCAUGCGUGAGCAAAGUAUGCAGCAUCGAGCUCAGCGCACAGCCCUGGGGGACACUCAUGCUGAGGAUGAUGGGGAGGGAGGUGCAGUCGUUCAUCCUGAUUAUAUAAGGCCUGCUGGUUAGGAAGUCCAACACCCAGUUGUACAGUGGUGUAUUUAGACCUAAGAGGAGUAGGAGGUUGAUGUGUACCUACAAAAUGCUGGAAGAACUCCAAAAGUUUGGCAGGGGAGUAAACAGUUGAGAUUCGGGCUGAGACCCUUCAUCAGAACGUAAUCAGGAAUUUGCCCAAUCCCUUCACCUGCCUGUACCUAUCACCUUCCAGCUUGUACUCCUAUCCCACCCCCUCCCAACC